GGGAUAGAGUGAUUGUCUGGCGGAGAUGGACAUCGAGAGCGAACGGGAGAGUGGUGAGAAUGAGGAGAAGAGAGGUGAGAAAAAAGAGAGGGGGAGUGGUGCCGAGGACGCACUCAGUCUGGCUCCAGUUGAUGAACCGUGCCGGUCAGACUCAACUGACAACGAACACCACCAGCUCCUCAAGCUCCAGUGUGAUGGUUCUAACAGCAUUGACAGUCCAUCUCGCGAGUUGGAGCGAUUAACAAGCCAUGGCCAUGGCCAUGGCGAUAGUCAUCAUGGCAUUGACGAUAACGGCCAUGUCAAGAAGCUGAGUUGGAUGGGAAGGAUUUGCGAGUUCCGUACGAAGGCCGUCUUCGUGUACGAGAGCUUGUUUAUUCUGUCGGCCCUGGCAGUGUACAAAUUUUGCACAAGGGAUACGGAGUUGUCCUGGUGGCGGGGUGUGUACACGUCAGCCGCCGUACCGUCCCGGCGGCCGCCGCCGAUCGUUGUCCCCUGCGAGGUUGAUUGGCUAGCGUUCCACGUGCACUAUCCCAAUCCCGAUCCCGACUACACGUGGGAUCACUCGACUGGCCUUCCGUCCGCAUGCUCUGCUGAGAGCAGCGCACGCAAUGACAGGAUGAUCGUCCGUCGGGGUCCCGAUUCUUCGUAAGCAAGUUCUUCCGCAGAACAGCCGGCCAGUCGGCGGAAGGUCGUGAUGGCGACGUGGGCGCGCAGAGUGGCAGUGGAGAUAGCAAACACGUGGAGAGCGGCUCCGUCCAGCCGCUGCAGCAGCAGCCGCAGCAACCGGCGCAGCAGCCGGGGAAGGAAGGGGAGGGGGAGGUAGUUCAGACUGUCCAGGUCCCUCCUGUUGACAGCUUCUUGAUCACGAGGGAGCUCCUCUCGAGAGUGGCAGGUAACGAUAGCAUCAUCGUUAUGACCCUAGGGAACUC